AUGGAAAGGUUGCGGGAAGCGGGACACGCAUCAAGCCCAGAUGAGGAGCCUGCUCUGCAGCAUCUCAAUGUGGCGGGCUCGCAUCCUGAAAUUCCACCUUGGUCCCACAGCCAUAUCAAACUGGCCAGCAAACUGUCCUCAGGCUGUGACUAUGCCCUUUUCAAGGAUGGCAUUGAGCCUAUGUGGGAAGAUAGCAGGAACAAACAUGGUGGCCGAUGGCUGGUCAGCUUGGCAAAGCAACAGCGUCAAAGCAACCUGGAUCGGCUCUGGCUAGAGACGCUUCUUUGUCUGAUUGGGGAGGCCUUUGAGGAGUACAGUGAGGAAGUAUGUGGGGUUGUGCUCAAUGUUCGCACCAAGGGGGACAAGAUAGCCAUCUGGACCAGUGAGGCUGAGAACCAGCCAGCUGUCACCUUUAUUGGACGUGUCUACAAGGAGAGGCUGGGACUCUCUCCGAAGGUCAUUAUUGGCUACCAGGCUACCAGGCUGAUUCUGUCCUGGUUGCAGACUUCCUUUGGGAUCCCAGUUGGCCAGAUCCUUACCUCUGCUCUCACUACCUCCCUGCCAGCUGUUGUCUCACAUAGCUAUGGUAGCAAGGCACUCCCUCUGGGCGGGAGCCCUCCUCCAGAGAUCCCAGGGACUGCCUGA